UUACACAGAAUAUGAUGAGAAAGCCAAUAUGCUCAGUCUUUUAAAAACACAAUAGGACUCAAUUUUAAAACGUCUAAAGUUAUUUGUUUUUCUUUUUACUUCAACCGAUUUGUGCCCAUGUUCAUCACUGACUGGACAACAAUGGAUGAUAAAUAUGUGUCCAAACUGUCACCUACUGUUGAUUUUUGGGCCGGGAUGUAUCUGGUAAUAAUAGCCGUCCUGUCUAUCUUGGGGAAUGCAGCAGUCCUGGCCAGUGCAGCCCAUCGCCUCACUUCACUCAAAGCUCCGGAGCUGCUGACAGUAAACUUAGCAUUAACAGACAUGGGCAUGGCCCUCAGCAUGUAUCCUCUGUCCAUUGCCUCAGCUUUUAACCAUGCCUGGAUUGGUGGUGAUGCCUCUUGCCUCUACUACGGCCUGAUGGGUAUGAUCUUCAGUGUAACCAGCAUCAUGACUCUGGCUGUGAUGGGGAUGAUCAGGUUCCUGGUAACAGGAAGUCCACCUGAGACAGGGCUCAGGUUCCAGAGGCGAACGGUCUGCGUUGUGAUCACUGGGAUCUGGCUGUACGCCGUCCUGUGGGCCUUGCUGCCUCUGUUCGGCUGGGGCAGUUAUGGCCCAGAGCCAUUUGGAUUUGCCUGCUCGAUAGCCUGGACCGGCUACGGGAAGUCUCUGAACCACUUCACCUUCAUCAUAGCGAUGUCCAUUCUCUGCACAUUCCUGCCCAGUCUGGUCAUUGUCUUCACCUAUUUUGGCAUUGCCUGGAAGCUGCACAGAGUCUACAAAUCCAUCCAGCGCAAUGACUUUCAAUACGGCAACAUCGAGAAGAAAAUCACCUUUAUGGCUGUGUCGAUCACCUUAGGCUUCCUCACUGCCUGGACACCGUACGUGGUCGUCAGUUUCUGGAGCAUGUUUCACUAUCAGGAGCAGGACCACUUGGAUCCCUUCAUCGCUCUGCUUCCCUGCCUCUUUGCUAAGAGCGCCACCAUGUACAACCCUUUCAUAUAUUUCAUCUUCAGGCGCACCGCAUGGCACAAGCUCCUGCACCUCCACCGACUGGGCUUAUGUUGUUCGUGUCGGGUCUGUUUCCCUGGCGAAGAGCCGAAAAUGACCAUCAAAAUGGUUGACAUCUCAGAAUGUACCAUUACCAGAGAUAAGACGCUUGCAGGUGUGACGACAGGGACGAGUGAGAUAUGACAGUGGCAUAAGAGUGUUGACAGAAUACAGUCAUUUUGGAGCAAUGCAAUUAUAUUAAAACAAAGAUGUAAAAAGUUACCUUCCACUGUUCAGACUUAACAACAGUCUCUUCGGGUUCUCUGGCUUCCUCCCACUGUCCAAAAAAAAAAUGUGGA